GUUUUUGGGCGGUGCAUUUCAGUCAAACCCUCGUUGACCCAUCUCUCUCCCAAAAUAAACUAUUUUCUUUAUAAAUUUACCCAACAUCACUUCUGGUUUUCAUUACCAAUGGCUCCUCCAAAACAAUUGAACGCAAGUAACGCCGCCAUAUGUGAAGGUAGCGGCAGUGGAUGCAAAACAAUGUUGAAGGAAGUGCGUUUUAGAGGUGUGAGGAAGCGGCCGUGGGGGAGAUAUGCGGCGGAGAUCCGUGACCCGGGAAAGAAAACCCGGGUUUGGCUCGGGACAUUUGAUACGGCGGAGGAAGCCGCUAGAGCUUACGACACCGCCGCUAGAGAGUUUCGCGGCUCCAAAGCAAAAACUAAUUUCCCUCUUCCUGGUGAGUCUCCGACGAGAGACGGUUCCAUCGGCGGGUCGGAGAUGACAACGCGCCGGAUAGAGAUGGUGAGGAGAUUCCCGUUUGCAUGUAACCGGCAGAAUAAUGUCUCCAGCGGGUUACCACCGAAUGUUGCCGGUUUUUUCUUCGAUCCGUCAAGGGCUACUGCAUUGAGGGUUGAGCUUUCUCAAGUCUAUCCGGUUCAGUUUGAUCCGGUUAAUAUCGAGCUGAGUAUUGGUAUUCCAGAGACCGUAAAGGUCAAACCGAGAACUGAACUAAACUUGGAUCUUAACCUAGCUCCACCUUUGGACGUUUAGAUUUGUUCUUCUUUCUCUUAUUUUGUUUUUUUUUGUUUGCUGCAGGAAAAAGAAACGUUCGAAAUUUUCUUCUGAUACUUUUUUGUAGAGGAGAAAAUAUUUUUAGAUUAAUUUUUCUUAGAAAUUUUUUAUUGUAGUUUCUCUAUGAUCUUAAUUUCUCUAUGCUUCCUUCUAAU